UUAUUUUUCUCCGGACCUACCAGAUUUAAAAUUAGUUAUGAGUUGCAUAGAUUAAGACUUUGAUGUGAACUUCAGAUUAAAAAUUGAGAACAUUUUUGCUUAUGCCUACAACCAGCUCAUGAAGCAAUUGUAGCAAUAAUGGUAUGCACACUGUAAAGCACUAAAGAGCACCAAUUUGGAUAAGGAUAAAUGUCACACAUAAAACAUUCAUUGAACUGAAUUCUGGAUCAAGCAUAGUUUAAACGUAACAUCCAUGGUCACAAGAGCAAGAUAUGGAGAACCAUUGUAAUAAUAUGCGCCUCAGGAAUUUCUCUGUUGAUCAUAUGUUGCAUUCUCUUAUGUUGGAAGUUCAAUGCACAGAUAAAAGGAUGGUUGAAAAAGGGUGACAAGCAAAGCAGCCAAGCGGGCAGCUUGCGUUCAAUGAGGGAAGUAAGGCUGGGCUUCUCAGGGCAAGCAGAGCUUGAAGAAGGACGUGAAGGAAAAGACACCGAGCUCCCGUUGUUUAGUUUUGACACAAUUGCUAUCGCUACAAGCAAUUUCGACAGUGUUAAUAAGCUAGGAGAAGGAGGCUUUGGAGAUGUUUACAAGGGAAAAUUACCAGGGGGAAGAGAAGUUGCAGUGAAGAGGCUCUCGAGGAGUUCUGGACAAGGGCAAGAAGAGUUCAAGAAUGAGAUGAUACUUAUUGCCAAAUUGCAGCAUCGAAACUUAGUCAGGUUGUUAGGCUGCUGCAUUCAAGAAGAGGAGAAGAUGUUGAUUUAUGAGUACAUGCCUAACAAAAGCUUAGAUGCGUUCCUCUUUGAUCCAACAAGACAACCAUCAUUGGAUUGGAGCAAGAGAUUCAACAUCAUAGAAGGCAUUGCACGAGGGCUUGUUUAUCUUCAUCGUGAUUCGAGGUUGAGGAUUGUUCAUCGUGAUCUCAAAGCAAGCAACAUUCUUUUAGACGAAGACAUGAACCCUAAGAUAUCUGAUUUUGGGAUGGCGAGGAUAUUUGGUAGUGAUCAAAAUCAGUUAAAUACAAACAGAGUGGUCGGUACACUUGGCUAUAUGUCUCCUGAGUACGCGAUGGAGGGUCUUUUCUCAGUAAAGUCUGAUGUCUACAGUUUCGGAAUUCUAGUACUAGAAAUAGUUUCAGGCAGAAGAAACAACAGCUUUCACAAAAUACCCAACAUUGUCAACAUUGUAGGAUUCGCAUGGAAAUUGUGGGAAAAAGAUAGAGCAACCGAGAUGAUAGAUCCGAUAAUUAUAGAUUCACAUUCUGUUCCUCAAGUGUUGAGAUGCAUACAAAUUGCACUGUUGUGCAUUCAAGAUCGAGCUAAUGACAGGCCUGAUAUGCCAUCAGUUGUUCUUGCGCUUGGAAGCGAAAACCCUGUGCUUCCAAUGCCAAAACCACCAUUGUUUACCAUGGAGGAAAGCCCUAAUGAGACGCUCGCAAUGGCUAAUAGAAAUGAGUCCUAUUCUGUAAACGAUGUGACAAUUACGGAGAUUUUGGGAAGAUGAAAGCUCUUGAUUCUUGAAGAGGAACUGCAAUCGUUGGUGAAAGGAGUUAUCUAUCUGUACGUUAGAGAGAGAGUUUUUAAAUGUUAUUCUUUCUGUAUGCAGAUGGAUAGUGAAGGCAUUCUGCCAAUUUUCGAUGAGAAAGUGAGAUUUUAUGUUGAAGGAUUUUCAA